CAAGAACAUGACAGCUUGGUUCUUCUGCUUCUCAAUCCUGCUUUGUCUUCCAUGGCUCAAUUCUUGCGAUAAUCUGAAAGAAAACGAAAAAUUGAUUGAAGCUAAGAUUGAAAUUUCUAAUUACCUGAACAUAUCUGGCAACGUAGACGAAAAUACAUUCAAUGAUCUCAUUAUUAACAAAGAAAAUAGAACCUAUGAAGCUAUUCUUCAAGCUGCAUUCGAUGGGAGAUUAAAUAUAGUAAAAUCUCUGAUACAGCUCGGUGUAAAUAUUAAUUCUCAAAGUGAUUCUGGUCUAACCGCCUUACACAUAGCUGCUUAUAUGGGAUAUGAGGACAUGGUGACAUUUCUGUUAAUGAAAAAUGCCACCAUAAAUGAAAAAGAUAGAUUUGGUUCUGAGCCAAUUCAUUACGCUGCGAUCAAAGGCUCGGUUAAUAUCAUUACAACAUUGUUAGAUCAUGGAGUUGAUGUUAAUGUAAAAGGAGAGAAUGGGAUGGCUGCUUUACACCUUGCCGCGAAUAAUGGAGACCUAAAUCUAGUAGAACUUCUUUUGGCCAGAAAUGCAAGUACAAAUAUAAAAGAUAACAACGGAACACUGCCAGUACAAUUCGCGAUUGAUCAACGCCAUAUUUGUUUACUCAAGCUGUUUUUUGAACAUGGAUCGGAUGUUAACACUAAAGGAACAAAUGGGAAGACAGCAUUACAUCUAGCUGCGUGGGAGGGAGAUCAAGGUUUGGUUGAAUAUCUUUUGGCUAAAAAUGCAAGUAUAAACAUGAAAGAUAACAACGGAACACUGCCAAUACAAUAUGCGAUUUAUAAAUGGCAUGUCAAUCUAUUGAUAUUGUUUUUUGAUCGUGGAUCAGAUGUUAACAUCAAAGGAACUAAAGGGAUAAAUGAUUGUAGUUUGCCUAUUUCAUGGAUUGAAGAAUAUCCUCUAAGAAAAAAUGUGAGAAUAAAUGAAGGAUUUCUUGAAUUACAUGAAAUUGAAGAUGAUAAUAACGAUGAAUUACCAAGAUGCAAGAUAAACAAGAAAAAAGCAGGACAUAGCAAGAUGAUUGACGAUAAUAAUUAUAAUAUUAACAUAUCAGUAGAAGGAAUGACAGCGUUACAUUUAGCGGCCGCGAUAGGAAACGAGAAUUUAGUCAAGUUUCUGAUAAAGAAAAAUGCCAACGUCAGAGCCAAAGACUGUAGGGGUAGAGAACCUAUACAUUAUGCAGUUCAAUAUGAAAGAAUAAACAUAAUAAGGAUAUUUCUGAACCAUGGGGUUGACGUUGAUGCCAAAGAUUCACAAGGCUCUACUGCUCUGCAUUUAGCGACGCAGAUAGGUAGUGCUGAAUUAGUGAAUUACUUAUUAUCGAAAAAUGUAACUAUAAACAUCAAAGAUGACAAUGGCCUGGCGCCGAUACAUAUUGCGACCAUAAGAUCUGAUGUCAAUUUAAUAAAUAUUCUUCUGGAUCAUGGUGCCGAUAUUGAUGUUAGAGAGGAAAAAGAGACAACGCCUCUUCAUUUUGCUGCUAAAUUGGGUAAUGAACGAUUGGUCAACUUUCUUCUUUCCAAAAAUGCAACCGUGAACAUAAAAGAUAAUCAUGGAUAUGCGCCGAUACAUUUUGCAGCUGAAUGUGAUCAUAUAAAUGUGAUUAAGAUUUUGCUCGAUCAUGGAGCUGAUAUCAAUGAUCGAGAUUCACUGGAAAAAACUGCCCUUCAUUUGGCCGCUGAACAAGGUAAUGACGACAUGGUAAACUUUCUAAUAUCCAAAAAUGCAACUAUAAACAUAAAAGAUUAUGACGGUUCUGAGCCGAUUCAUUUAGCGACUAAAGGGGGUUACAUCAAUGUAAUUCGUAUUUUGCUGGAUCGUGGAGCCAAUAUCGAUGACCGUGAUGUCGGAGGAAGAACUCCUCUUUAUUUGGCUGCACAAGGCAAUGAUGAAUUGGUGAACUUUCUCAUUUCAAGAAAUUCGGCUAUAGAUAUAAGAAACGACUAUGGCUCUGCGCCGAUACAUAUUGCAUCUGAAUUUGGUGCUACCAAUGUGAUGAGAAUUCUACUGCUUCAUGGAGUAAAUAUCGAUGAAGCGAAUGGGGAAGGGAAAACUGCCCUUCAUUUAGCUGUUGAAGAUUGUAAUAAAGAAUUAUUAAAUUUUCUAAUAUCGAAAAAUGCUAACGUAAACAUUAAAGACCAGCAUGGUUCUGCACCGAUACAUUAUGCAGUUGAAUAUGAUUGUGAUAUCAAUCUUUAUAAUAUUUUGCUGAGUCAUGGAGUUGAUAUCGAUGUUGGAAAUGCGAAAGGAAAAACAGCUCUUCAUUUAGCUGUUGAACUAGGAAGUGAAGAUUUGGUGAAUUUUAUAAUAUCAAAUAACGCUACCGUAAAUAUGAAAGAUAAUCAAGGAUCUACACCGAUACAUUCUGCGCUUAAAAAGGGUAAUGUCAAUGUGAUAAAUAUUCUGCUGGAUCAUGGAGGCAAUAUCGAUGGUAGGGAUGCAAAAGGAAGAACCGCUCUUCAUUUAGCUGCUGAGCAGGGUAGUGAAGCAUUGGUGAAUUUCCUAAUUUCAAAAAAUGCUACCAUAACAAUAAAAGACUAUAAAGGUUCCGCCCCAAUACACUACGCUACGCAAAAUAAAAAUUUGAAUGUUCUAAAGGUUUUCUUAAAUCAUGGGGUUGACAUCAAUGAGAGAGGAGCUAGAGGUUCUACGCUUAUACACAUGGCAAUUGAAAAUGAAAAUGAAAAUUUAGUUACAUUUUUAAUAUCGAAAAAUGCUAGACUCGACAUAAAUGAUAAAUGGGGUGCUGUUCCUUUUCAAAUAGCAAUUGAUAAGGAGAAGGUUAAUCUGAUAAAGGCUCUAUUACAAUCUGGAACCGAAGUUGAUGCUAACCUCAAAGGAAAGAAAGGGCUCACAGCACUUCACAUCGCUGCUUAUUAUGGUAGCGAAGAACUAGUGAACAUACUGAUAUCAAAAAAUGCCAGUUUAGAAGUGAAAGAUAACCAUGGUGGUAGACCAUUACAUUAUGCCGUUCUAAGGAACUACAUAGGCAUAUUAAAAAUAUUGCUACGCAACGGUGCCGAUGUUAAUGCAAGAGGAAAACAUGGCGUAACAUGUUUACACCUUGCAGCAGGAGAUGUAAAAGAGGAAAUGGUACAAUUGCUCUUGUCAAACAACGCUAGCCUAGAGAUCAAAGACAUUAUGGGUUCGCAGCCUUUACAUUAUGCAUUUUUUGGUCACAGUAUUGAUGUCAUUAAGAUUAUGGUUGAGCACGGAGCUAAUCUCAGUGCCAGAGGUUAUAGUGAUCUAACUCCAAUUCAUUUUGCUGCCGAGAUGGGUGAUCUAGAUGUUUUGAAUUAUCUAUUUUCUAAAAAUAUUAGCUUCGAUGUUAAAGACAACAGAGAAAAUGAGCCCAUACAUCGAGCACUUUUGAGAAAGCAUCCUCAGGAAGAGGUAGUUAAAACUCUUCUUAAUCAUGGAACUGAUGUCAAUGCCAAAGGCACAUUGGGUUUUACACCACUUCAUAUAGCCGCAGAGAAAGGUUUAUAUGAUGCUGUAAAAUUGUUACUCUCAAGAAAUGCUGAUCCUAAUGUCAUGAGCUAUAACGGCCGGACGCCUCUAGAAUUAGCCACUCAGUUCGGUAGUUUAGACAUCGUCAAAAUACUUCUUGAUCACGGGGCAAAAGUCGAAGACCGCAGUUUCCUCGGAUCGCAGGCUCUUUUCCUGGCCGUUGAGAACAGAUCUUUGGAGUUUACAUGGUUACUUCUUGAAAAAACAGACAAAUUUGAAGAAUAUCCUACAAAUAUCCUCAAUUUCGCAAUUACUAAAGGUUCAUUGGAUAAAGUAAAACUAUUAACAUCGUUCGGAGCAAAUGUUGAAUCCGUAGACAUUUAUGGUAAUUAUCCUCUCUCGACUGCUGUGAUAUCUCGUAAUAGCGAUAUAAUAAAAAUAGUUAUAGAGACGGAGGUGAAAAAGAACAAAUCAGAAAAUGAUUUUAAAAACUUCUUGGAUGUAACUUCUUCGAUUCGAUUAAUCGGUUUUAAUAAAAACUCAACCGAACGUCACAACAUGAGUGCUUUACAAAUCGCUUCUUAUCACGGUUAUGUGAAUUCGGCAAGACUGCUAACUUCUUAUGGCUCUUCUUUAGAUACCAGAGAUGAAAGAAAUUACACCUCUCUCCAUUACGCCUGUUUAUCUGGUCAGGAAGAAAUUGUGAAAUUACUAUUAAAUGCUGGUGCACACAAAGAUACAUUUGAUGUCGAUGGUGUGACUCCAUUACACAUUGCCUCCAAAAAGGGAUUCAAUGAAAUAGUCAGUCUUUUACUUCUAGAUCCUUUAGCUUCUGUUAAUUUAGUAGACCAUAGAGGAUACACUGCUCUUCACGAUGCAGCAAGUAUGGGGCAUGGGAAUAUAGUAACACAGUUACUGAAGGCCGGGUCUAACAAAAACGCUAUUGAUAAAGACCUCAGAACUCCUUUAAUAUUAGCUUCUACGGAAGGCCAUACUGAUGUUGUAAAACUAUUAUUAAACGCCGUAAGCAAUAAAGAAGCUGCCGACAUCCACAAUAUGACACCAUUACACUUCGCUUCUAAGGAGGGGCACUCCGACAUAGUGGAUCUCUUACUGGAGUAUGGGUCUGAGGUAGACAGCAGAAACGAAAACGGAAGUACCCCAUUACACUUGGCUUGCGAAAAAAUUAUACACGAUAAACGAAACACAACUUCUAUCAUCAGUAAUAAAACUAAUAUUGUAGAUAUCCUGAUAAGAUCUGGUGGCUAUGUUGAAGCUAUUGAUAUGUUCGAUAGGACUCCUUUGCAUAUUGCUUCGCGAGAUGGUUAUACAACUAUUGUGGAUUUAAUAUUAUCUCACAGACUUAAACCUGACAGAACUCCUGACAAAUUUGGUUGGUUGCCACUUCAUUAUGCCGCUGAACAAGGUCAUUAUGAUGUAGUUCGAAAGUUAAUUAGAAAAGGAGCAAAUCGUGAAGCGCCCAACAAUAAUUUGGAAACGGCUUUGAUUUUGUCUUCAAGGAAUGGUCACUUGGAAGUAGUAAGAUUUUUAAUUUCCACAGCAGAUUUGGAUAAAAUCGAUCUCAAAGGCAGAAUAGCUUUACACUACGCCUCCAUGAAUGGUCACACAUCAGUGGUUAAGUUGCUUAUAAAAGGUUUAACGAACAAAGACAUGGAAGACAAGUGGGGAUUCACUCCAUUGCAUUACGCAGCUUCUUGGAGAGGCCACCAGGACAGUAUAGGAUAUUUAUCGAAAUCCUGGAUGGAAAUAACAUUUUCAGAAUAUUAUGAAAUGUCCAAUCCUUAUAAAUGAAUUACUUUUUUCCCUCUGUUCAAACUCCUGAGGGUGAACUUUUGAUUUGUGACAGACACAAAGCGACAUGUGAAUCAUUCAUCCUGGAUUCACCGGCUAGUGACUUAAAUUUAUAUAUUGUUUAUGUUAAUUACAAAAAUGGUUAUUAAUAAAUUAAUAUGAAAAUAUGAUUGUGGAAUUAA